UCGGGUGUGCGUGUGUGUGUGAUUGUGUGUCUGUGUGUGUGUAUACGUGUGUAUGUAUGUGUGUGUGUGUGUGGUGUCACUGUCGGAAAACACAGGGGUGCAAACGGGACUCCAGCACCCGACACCUGAGCCGGAUCCAGGGGGAAGGGAGGCGAGACGACACCGGUACAUGCUGCUCGGUCCCUGCCCGCCCCGGUGACAUGGAUGUCGGACUCGGGCUGUGAGCUCCUGCGGCGGGGCUGAAGAGGAUGGGCCCAGUGUCCCCCUGCCUGAGGAGAUGUCUCUGGGUCGGCUCCUGCGGCGCGCCUCCUCCAAGGCCUCGGACCUCCUGACCUUCAACCCCGGGGCCGGGGGCUCAUCGCUACGCUCGGGACUGGACGGCGAGAUCAUCUUCUCCAAAAAUAAUGUUUGUGUGCACCCUGCGGAGCCCCUGCCUGGCCUGGCUGAGCACCACCCAGGCUACCUGUGUGUCCACGUGGAGAAGGAUGAGAUUCUGGGCACCACUCUGAUUCUGACCUGGGUGCCCAACUCACGCAUCCAGAAGCAAGAUGAGGAGGCGCUGCGCUACAUCACGCCCGAGAGCUCGCCUGUACGCAGGAACGCACGCCGCCGAGGCCGACGACCCCACUCCCGUCCUCCAGCAGCGCAGGAGGAAGAUGAGGAGGAAGAGAGGAAUAUUAUCAGCAGCACCUCCACAGAGAGCCACAGCCUGGUGGUGGAAGCCGGAGUGGACGCCUCCUCACACCCGCACCAGCUGCCCUUGGCUGUGGAGGAGGGGGACGAGGGUUCCUGCGAGCUGUCGGACGAAGUGAGCAGGGACAGCACCAUGGGUUCGGACUCUGAUACCUUCUCCUCCCCCUUCUGCUUGUCCCCCGUCAGUGAGGCCCUCUGCGAAAGCAGCGGCUCCGUGUUCCUGGACAAUGAAACCAGAGAGCUGUGUGAGGAGGCCAUGACCAACUCAGCCAGCUCGGCCUCCAGCCUGGACAGCCAUGCCCCGUCGGAGAGCAGUGGCCAGUCGCAGGGCGUGCGCUGGGAGGAGCAGCAGAAGGUGCUGGCUCUGGAGCAGUUGUGCGGAGUUUUCAGGGUGGACCUGGGUCACAUGAGGUCGCUGAGACUCUUCUUCAGUGACGAGGCAUGUACCAGUGGCCAGCUGGUGAUCGCCAGCAGAGAGAGCCAAUAUAAGAUCCUGCACUUCCAUCACGCCGGCCUGGACAAGCUGGCUGAGGUCUUCCAACAGUGGAAGUGCUGCAGGGAAACUCAGCUCAAAGACCAGGUGUCAAAUGAGAAAUCCUGCAUGCAGUUUUCCAUCAAGAGGGCCACGCUACCGUCAGCGGAGAGCCACCCAGAGGAGAAGCUCUACCGGCGGCUGGACGUCACCACCUGGCUACGCCAUCUCAACCACACUGGACAGGUUGAGGAGGAGUAUAAGCUUCGUAAGGCCAUCUUCUUCGGUGGUAUUGACCCAUCCAUCCGUGGCGAGGUGUGGCCCUUCCUGCUGCACUACUACAGCUACGACUCAACCUCCCAGGAGAGGGAGGCUUGGAGACUGCAGAAACGCACCCACUCUCAUGACAUCCAGCAGAGGAGACUGUCCAUGAGCCCAGAGGAGCACAGUGAGUUCUGGAGAAAGGUCCAGUUCACAGUAGAUAAAGAUGUAGUGAGAACAGACCGCAGCAACCACUUCUUCAGAGGAGAGAAUAACCCCAACGUGGAGAUCAUGAGGCGGAUUCUGCUCAACUAUGCAGUCUUUAAUCCAGACAUGGGCUACUGCCAGGGCAUGUCUGACCUGGUGGCCCCGCUGCUCACCGAGAUCCAGGAUGAAAGCGACACCUUCUGGUGCUUUGUCGGCCUCAUGGAGAACACCAUCUUCAUCAGCUCCCCGCGGGAUGAGGACAUGGAGAGGCAGCUGAUGUACCUGCGGGAGCUGCUGCGCCUCAUGCUGCCCCACUUCCACCAGCACCUGACCAGGCUCGGGGAGGACGGCCUCCAGCUGCUCUUCUGCCACCGCUGGAUCCUGCUCUGCUUCAAGCGAGAGUUCCCCGACACCGAGGCUCUGCGCAUGUGGGAGGCCUGCUGGGCACACUACCAGACGGACUAUUUCCACUUGUUCCUGUGUGUGGCCAUCAUUGUUCUCUAUGGGGAGGAUGUGACCGAGCAGCAGCUUGCCACUGACCAAAUGCUGCUCCACUUCAGCAACCUCUCCAUGCACAUGAAUGGAGAACUGGUGCUAAGAAAGGCCCGCAGCCUCCUCUACCAGUUCCGCCUCCUACCCAGGAUCCCAUGCAGCCUUCACGACCUUUGUAAACUAUGUGGCCCGGGGAUGUGGGACAGCCGCUACAUCCCCACUGUGGAGUGUUCGGGUGAACACCCAGACUCACAGAGCUGCCCCUAUGGAGGCACGUCCACCCCACAGCCCUCCUCACCCUCCCCGUCAUCUACACCCUCACCUUCUCCAAACCCCACCCCCACGCCUCCAGCGGAGGGCAAGAGAGGAUCCAAAACCCGGGAGAUUUUCACUUUCCGGAAACAGUCCUGAGGCGGAGGUUAUGGGGAGUUAGUGCAGCCGAGUUUUGGAUCCAUCCUCUGGAUUCCUGAACUAUUUGCUGACCUCUGACUCCUCUCUCUCCACAGUCCCAGCUACUUGUUCCACUAUCGUAAUGUGGACUUUUUUGUCACUUGAUCCUUUCCUGUGGUGCAUUGUGGAGCAAUGCCUUACCAGAAUGUUAUUUCAAACGUUGACUGAAUAUGCGAUGAGGGUGGUUCGCUGUUCGACCGGCUGGAGGUCAAGGGGCUGCUUUCCCCUGGGAGCAGGAUGGACAAUCACCAGCCACUAUGUUGGUCUGGAGCUACUUCAGGUUUUCGACUGCUGCUGGUCUGGCAAACUUCCAUGGGCUUUGUGGGCAGUGGGUCACACAAGGGUCUGAGGCAACCGGCCCGAUUUCUCUCUGACUCUGACCACGGGUCAAACCAAACUGGAGAUUCAUUCACAGGACUUGAACUUGAAGUAUUGAAAAUGUUGCUGUGUUCUCACAAAGGAAUAUUUGUGUGAAUAUUGAAUCAUAUUAUGUGCACAUCUCCAGUCGGUCAGAACAGGACAUUUUUAACAUGAAAUACAAACCCUUGGUGUUGACAAAGAAAUGUUAACCCAGAAAUAGGAUUAAUGACAAAUUACUGGAACAUUUAAGUUUUGUUUUAUUUUUAUUUUCCAACAAGUGAAUGUUUGCGUUUAUAUCGACAGUAACAAAAAUAUUUAGCAAUAUUAUAUCCUUGCAUGAAAGAUAAUUUCUAUAUAGAGGGCACUGUAUGUUUUUUUUUAAAAACACAUAAGCCCCAAACAGAGAUUUGUUUACACGACAAACACUCAUGUCGUGAUAGGGCUCUGCAUAUUUCCUCAUCCGAUUGUGGUUGGGAACAUUCUCAUCUUUUGUUUUCUGACAAACGGGAGGAAGCUAGCCGUAUGUUUCCUUCUGAUAAACUCUGACGCAGAUGUUCAUGUUACCUGUCGUGCAAUAGGAGCUUCACCAUUUACACGUAAAGCAUCGUAAGAUAUAAAAUGACUUUCCUGUCACAGGAUUGGACGGAUACGACAGCACUGUCUGCCGCAGCGAGCAUAGAUCAUGUUUUAUCUUGACGGAGAAAUUGAUGGCCUCCUGUUUUACUUGAAGUUUUGUCGUCUACGUUGAACCAUGUUUAGGCAGGGUUGUGAAAAAUCUGUUUCUUUUUUCCCUCCUGCAUCAUCUCCACUCUCACCUGAAAAUGAAUGACACUAUCAACACUAAGAAUCAGUCCACCGGAAUGUAACGUGUUUUUGCUUCUUCUCACUCAAAUAGAGAAGCGUGAAACUCUUCUGUAUGUGUGUGUGUGUGUGUGUGUGUGUAUAGAAACUGAUGUGACCUCUAAACAUCUGGUAAUGAGUCGGAGAACAGCCGUAGAAGGCCUCCCCCUCUGACCAGUCUCUUUAAUUAUAGCAGUCGUCAUGGGGAGAAGUAGGCAGAGUAAAGAAGAAAGAAAAAGUUGGCUCUUUGGACUCCUUAGAGAAAACAACACUCGAGAGAGAUGGAGAGAAAAGGGACGAUUUAGGCCUCGUACAAAGAUGAAUAGUGAUCUGCAUCUUGCUUCUGUGAUUUGCAAUUCCCAGAUGUAAAGAUGGCACCUGGAGGCUUUCGCCCCUGGGAGCUUCUGAGUCCUGGGGACAAAGACAUCUUGAAAUUGGUGUUAAAAUGAAACAUUAGGACCUUCAAUCAGCCUCCCUCCACCCCUCUGUCUCACUCUCUCUAUUUUUUUUGUCUCUUCCACUCUCACUCAGCAAGCAGUCGCUGCAAAUGACAUUCAUAACUGCUCCUUUUUCCUAUUACUUAUCGCGUGCAGCUGCUCAUUGGAAAUGCCCGCAGAGUUUUGAAGAUUGGGCGGCUGCAUUGAAAUGAGCAUAGUCGGAGAUGUACGAUGGGAUAAUCAAAGUCCCUCUCUCUCUCUAUCUCUCCAUCAGUGUGUGUGUGUGUGUGUGUGUGUGUGUGUGUGUGUGUAUACGCCUCUAUGAUCUCAUGAAUUUGAUUGAAGUCUUCAUAGAAAUCGCACUGUCUGCACAGGCACUGUAAGUCACAUGCUUAAUUAUCAACGACUCCCAUUUAAAGGGGUUGUAAACCAGUCACUACUGAAUGUACAAUGUUGCUGUUGAGCUCCAAGAUAUGCUGAUAUGUCUGAACUCAUGUUCUCAUUAAAAAUACAAAAUACAAUCAUACUUUCAUGAAACAUUGGUAGAAAAUGUUUUCACCAAUACUUUUCUCAUUAAACACUGCUGAAGUAAUUGGAUCAAG